GUCUGGGGAGAAGGACAAGGCGUUGCGAAUUGUAUCGAUCGAUCGGCUGAAUUACCAGACAUCUCCUAUACAGAAUUCUAUUUUCAAGAUCCAGCAUUUCGCUGUGAAGAACAUACUUGCAGAGCGGAUGAAGAAUCACUUUAG